GAGGAAGAAUGUGAAUACUCGGUGUGCACAGCUAAUUUACAAGCAAGAAAUAUGGAACUGCAGAGUGACAUGAAAAAGAUGACUGCUGUCUUCGAAAAGCUGCAGGUUUACAUAAGUCUCCUUACCUUACCAAGUACAAAACCUGAAAUGCUCCUUCAGACAAACUAUAAUAUAGUUUUCACACAGCUUGCUGCUUGUCUUCAUUCAUUGCAUGAUGUCAUGAAAGAUAUUUCCAAGCACUACAGUAAGAAGGUUUCCUUAGAGCAAGAGCUACCCACCAUUACACAGAAGCUUAAAAAUACCAAUGACUGUAUUCUUUCUUCUGUUGUAGCAUUGUCAAAUGUUACAGGAAAGAUUGGUACAUUCUUCAGUAACAACCUGGACUUUUUCACAGUUCCUUCUGUGUAUAGCUCAAGGAUAGCAAUGAGUGUAAUAGAUCCUGUUGCAGCAGAAUGUAUGCUGGCGAACAAGAAGAAAGCAGCUGCAUAUAUUAAAUCUUUAAAGAAGCUUCGUCCAGGAUCAGUGCCAUAUGAAGAAGCUUUGGCAAAUCGCAAGACCAUUCUGAGUUCCACUGAAAGCCGUGAAGGUCUUUCCCAACAGGUGCAACAAAGCCAAGAGAAGAUAGUAAAGCUGGAGCAGGAGAAAGAACACUGGAUGUUAGAAGCUCAAUUAGCCAAAAUAAAAUUGGAGAAGGAGAAUCGACGUUUGACUGAGCUGGAAAGUCAAUUGAAAACUACAGUGACUGGGAAAAUGCCUUUUGGCUCUAUCCAGGAGAAUGGUACUGUUCACAAAAUUGAAGAAGAGUUGCAGCUUGUUGAAAAGGACUCCAAAGAGCCAGUUAGAAGUACUAGCCUGGUUGGAAUGUUGACCACUUCCAUCAACAAUGAGAUUCCUGAUGCAGAGUCACGUGAACAGUUGAUCAAAAGUCACUAUAUGAUGAGGGUUGCUGAUCUAACCGCACAACUUCAGAUAGCUGACAGCAAGUCAGUGCAUUUCUAUACAGAGGUAAUAUUGAUGACUGAUGACAGGCUUUUAGUGUUGACAUUAUCAGACCUUCGUCCCCAAUAAAAUCAGAAGAAUUCUUCAUCCAAGUGAUGCUUGUAAAUAUAUCAGCCUAAAAAGAAUGAAUAUGAAAGGAAGUACUGGAAAUACUCCGGUCAGGCUGCAUCU